AUUAUCACCUAAUCACGGAUGCCUGUACGACGAACUUAAAUUUAAUAUUGCGACGAUAUAGCGUAAAUAAUAUCUCUGCAUUCUUUCAAUCAUCACCUUCAAUUCAUUCGACUCUUGCUCCUACCGAGGGCCCAUUAUUCCCAGAAGAAAUACAGAUUUAUUGAUUGUGGUGGAUAGUAAAAUCCAUUUUGCGACUGAAAGGUUAUGCCAGCAACAGCCCAUAUUCUACGGCCAUUUUACUCCAAAGUCUCUUCCUUCGCGCCCAUUCAACCGGUUCACGUAAAUUGCUGUAGACCAUUUCCAAAUUCCGGGCAUUCCCGAUAUAUUCUUUUCCCAUCAAAUCGCCAGAUUCUUAGUUUCAGAUCGUAUACAAUGGAUGCGAAACCGGCGCCGAUGCCAAAGUUGAUAUAUGGGACAGCUUGGAAGAAAGAUGCAACAGCUGACUUGGUAUUCUUGGCCUUGAAAUCUGGAUUCCGUGGUAUCGAUACAGCAGCCCAGCCUCGACAUUAUAAAGAGCACCUAGUCGGAGCCGGUAUUAAACUCGCGAUUUCAUCAGGCAUCAUAAAGCGGAAUGACUUAUAUCUUCAAACAAAGUUCACUUCGAUAGGGGGCCAAGAUCCAAAUGAUCUACCGUACGACCCCAGUGCGCCAUUAGAAGAACAAGUACAUUCUUCAAUAGCCUCAUCGCUAGAGAAUUUCCGGUACUCGGGCUCGGAAGACCCAUACAUCGAUAGUUUGGUUCUACACUCACCACUUCGUACCCUACCAGACACGAUACAAAUCUGGAAGACACUUGAGACAUACGUUCCGCAUAAAAUCAGGCAACUAGGGAUUUCAAAUACACCGUUACAGGUCCUCGACUAUCUAUGUAAAAGUCCUGAUAUCGGCGUCCGUCCAGCAUGCGUACAGAAUCGUUUCUACCCAGCAACAGGUUGGGAAGUAGAUCUACGGGCGUAUUGCCGAGGUGCAGGUAUCGUAUUUCAGAGUUUUUGGACACUGUCGGGGAAUCCGCAGUUACUCGGAAGUAUGCCUGUGCGGAAACUAGCUACUAGCGCAAAUGUUGAACUUCCGGUUGCAUUGUAUGCGCUCGUGCUGGGUCUUGAAGGUACUGUGGUUCUAGACGGAACUACCAAUGAGGCACAUAUGAAAGGUGACUUAGAAGGGAUUGGAAUUGUAAACAGAUAUGCUGAGAGUGGAGGCCAGCCAAUUUGGUCAGAUUGCCUGAAUGAAUUUAAAGGGAUAAUCGGAGAAAAUGAGUAAGCGGAAUCUGGAGGUCAGUUUACUACCUAGGUAGGCCGAGAAGAUAAAUAGGAAAAGGAAGAAAAGGAAGAACAAGAGGAAGAUGAAAGAGAAGAUGAAGAAGAUGAAGAAGAUGAGAAAAAUAACAAGCUUAUUUUUGAUUAAUAAUGUAUAUAUCCCUUGGAACACCUUAGGUAGGUACCUUAUAUUCAUAGCAUACCUAGGUAGUAGAUGAUUUUUAAGGAAAUAGGAAUACAUUGCCUUUCCAUCUUCUCC